UUCACGACCCAGUCACACAGAGACAUUCCCACUGCAUCUUUGACGCAGUGCGAGUUCCUUUGAAAGGGAAUCAAGUGCUCCUUUUUUUAAUAGGGUCAGACAAAUGACUCUUCACUGUUCUCAAAACUAUUCACUAUGGAAAAUAACACAUCAUUUUUCACAUGACAGAAAGAGCCCAAGCAGUUUUGAUGAUUUAUCCUCAGAACUGGCUGACUGAGGGAGACUCAGUAACUCUGACAUGUAAGGUGAGAAGCUCCUCAAGAGGAUGGACGUUCAGCUGGUACAGAGAUGAUUAUAACCUCCUGUCAGACAGCAAAAGAGGAGCUCAAGGCUCUUACACUAUCAGUCCUGCUGCUGUAAAGCACACAGGAGUUUACAUGUGCCGAGCGGAGAGAGGAGGAUAUUACACAGAAUACAGCCACACAGAGCUUCUCUGGGUCAUCACUCGAUGGCCCCUUGCUUCUCCAAUCAUCAAUCCCAGCAGAUCUCAACACUUCCACACUGACUCUCUCUCCCUGAGCUGUGAGGGUCAGAGUAGCUCUGGAUGGAGACUGAGGAGAUACAGUAAGAGGCUGGAAGAUUGUUCAUCAUUUGACUGGGGGUCAGAAACAGGGUCUACGUGUAGAAUCAGCUCUCUUAAGACAUCUGAUACUGGCGUGUACUGGUGUCAGUCUGAGUCUGGAGAGCACGGUCAACCUGUGAACAUCACAGUACAUGAUGGUGAUGUGAUCCUGGAUACUUCUGUUUAUCCUGUAACCGAAGGAGAUUCUAUAACUCUACGCUGCUUACAGAAAAGUACAAAUGCUUCAAACCUCAGAGCUGUUUUCUAUAAUGAUAGAUCUCUCCUUCAGACUCAAACUAAAGGAAAGAUGAUCAUCCCUACUGUCUCAAAAUCACAUGAGGGUUUCUACUACUGUAAACUCCCAGAGGGAGGAAAAUCACCAAAGAGCUGGAUCUCAGUCACAAAGUCACAAUCAGAAUAUCAGAUUUCAGUCUUCAAAAUGAUCAGUAGUGUGCUUGCAGCCUCUCCAUAUUUACUUCUGUCUAUCAUUCUGGGAGUCAAAUGCUACAGAGCUAGAGUUACACCUGUUGAAGACCGCUUUAAUUUGGCAGACACAUCAGCAUGACAGUGCUUGGCAUAGGAAUCCAAUGUCAGAUGAAAUUUAAGCUAAAUUGCUUUUGAAUAAAAUUUAACUGACAUUUUAAAAUGUCCUAAUUAACUAUAAAUGUAUUUGUAAUUAUUUUACUUGCCCUUCUAGCUUGCUUUGAAAUUUUGUAUUGCCAUAAUUGUAAAGUUAUCAACUCCAUAAUUAAAAUCAUUGUAUUAACCUAUUCUUCCACAUCACUUUGGCUAAAAGCAUCUGCAAACAAUGUAAAUUAAUAAAUGUAAAUCUGGUUACAAAUGCAUACUGUUUACAGUGCAUUCAGAAAGCAUUCAGUCUCCAUUUUUCUCAUGUUGUAUAACCUUAAGCAAAAAUGUAUGAAGGAUUUGUUGUAGGUAAAGUUUCAACACAGUCCACAGUGACAUGUUCUUAU